GUGUAAGUGUGUAUGUGUGUGAGCACCCUGGAGAUGUUACACUGUUUGCUUACUCUGCAGGAGCUCAGGUCUCUCCGUCCUUUCUUUCCUCUCCAUCCUGCCGAGGAGCCUUAGAGGCGAACUGGUUCCAGCGCUGAGGGUCUCUCCUUCAGCCCCCCAGCAGCGCUCUUCCCAGGGACACAAAGAGGCUGAGGGGGGGACACUGGGUGACCCCUACAAAAAACAACUUUCAAACUGAGUAUAAUGCAGAUCAGGUGACGGUGUCUUGGGAUUCAUCUCCCUGCUGCAAAACAAGCCAGAACAAGCCUGGAUCCCUCCCUGAGCCUGCUUCGAUCUGAACUGUACAGUGAACAGGCUCAUCUGUGCUUGUGGCUACCCUUUGGUCAUUCAUCCUGGCUUAGGCAGCUCAAUUGUACCCCGUGGAGGGGAAGGAGGACAUGGAGGUCCCACUGGUCAACUUUGAGAACCUGGAUGACAUUGGAAUCAACCUGGGAGACCCUAGUGAUUCAGGAUAUCCCACUUCACCCACUUCAGAAGCACCGGAAGCAAACCAGAUGACACCUGGCAUGAAUUCACCUACACAUUCACCGCAGAGGCAUAGGCAGCAUGGGAAUACACCCGCCUCUCCCACAACACUCACAAAGAAAGGGACAUCAAGCUGCAACAGUCUCGUCUCUAACUGGAAGAUACUUAUGAACAGUGAAGGUAGUCCGGGUGAUGCUCUCUUGGGAAAGCUGGCUAAAGACUGUUGUGAGGACUUGUUUGGUGAAAAGCAGAAACUUGAGGAGGGUGACCAGAGGGUAGUCAUCAAUGUCUCAGGAAUGAUGUAUGAGACGACACUCAAAACCCUUAACCAGUUCCCUGACACUCUGCUCGGAGACCCUAAGAGGCGGAUAGACUAUUUCGACCCAAUGAAAAAUGAGUAUUUCUUUGACCGCAACCGUCCCAGUUUUGAUGGAAUCCUGUACUUCUAUCAGUCUGGGGGCAAGAUACGGAGACCAGCAAACGUGCCGUUGGAUGUUUUUGCGGAUGAGAUCGUGUUCUACAGACUGGGCCAUGAAGUGAUGGAGCAGUUCAGGGAGGAUGAAGGUUUCAUCAAAGAACCUGAGCCUCAGCUGCCGACAAGUGAGCUUCACCGUCAGUUCUGGCUGCUCUUUGAGUACCCAGAGAGCUCUAGUGCUGCCAGAUCUGUGGCAUUAGUGUCUGUGCUUGUUAUCACUAUUUCCAUUUGCAUCUUCUGCCUGGAGACUCUCCCAGAGUUCCGUGAUGAUCGUGAAUUCACGCAUGAAACUGUUAACUUGACCCGUGAUGCUAAUGGCACCCUCCUGUCCCCAAGCCCUCUGCCCAAAAUCCGGGAAUCAGUUUUCACAGACCCCUUCUUUGUAGUAGAAAGCAUCUGUAUAAUCUGGUUCUGCUUUGAAGCAGGAGUGCGAUUCGUUGUGUGCCCCAGCAAAAGCGAAUUUUUCAGCAACAUCAUGAACAUGAUUGACAUUGUCUCCAUCAUGCCCUACUUCAUCACUGUGAUCACUGAGCUCAUGGCCACUCACGGAGAUGAUGCAGCAGCUAACCAGAACAUGUCCUUUGCCACGCUUCGUGUCAUCAGAUUGGUGAGGGUCUUCAGGAUCUUUAAGCUCUCACGUCACUCCAAAGGACUUCAGAUCCUGGGCCAGACCCUGAAGGCCAGCAUGAGAGAGCUUGGCUUGCUCAUCUUCUUCCUUUUCAUUGGAGUCAUCCUCUUUUCCAGUGCCAUUUACUUUGCUGAGGUUGACGAACCUGAAACGCAAUUUGUGAGCAUCCCAGAGGGUUUCUGGUGGGCUGUGGUCACCAUGACGACAGUUGGCUAUGGUGACAUGUGUCCAGUUACUUUGGGGGGUAAGAUGGUGGGCAUCCUCUGUGCCAUCGCUGGAGUGCUGACCAUUGCUCUUCCUGUUCCUGUUAUUGUUUCCAACUUCAACUAUUUUUACCACCGUGAAACAGAGCAGGCAGAGAAGCAUGUCAUGGAUGCAGCUGCAGAGGCGGCCGCAAACCAGAAAAAUUCUGAUGAGAAAUAUGAAAGCACCUACUCUCUAGACAAGAGCAAUGGGAAUUGGCAGAUGGAAAAAAAUGGCAUUCCUUGAGAAAUGUAGUGCUGCUAAAUUUAGCAUGAGUAGCAAUAAUAAGACUGAGCAACAAUGCACUUAGUUUUGGAUUGACAAAUGUAUUAUUUAGAUUUCCCUUGAUGUAUUUAAUGCUAUGCAUACAAUGACAGAACCUCAGAAAUGAUGCAGAUCUGGCCAAAGGGUGCUGGAAACACCUCAGAAACAAUGAUGCUGCACCUCAAAACCUCUUAGGUAGAUCUGCCACAUAAAGGGUUAAAGACACGGAGUUUCCCUUUAAUGCUUUCUAUGCAGCUUAACAGCAGAAAAGACUAAUAAGAACUGAACCAAAACAAAAACAGUCAGAAAUUACUUAUGCAACAUUUUGUGCUGUUGACUGAACCUUUUAACUGAUUAGAAAUUAGGUGCUUGUUUUGCAGAGCCCCUCAAAUGAAUGUUAAAGAGUCAUGAUUCUGCACUCUGAGCCUCCUCUCACCACUGCACUUUGCUGAACGUAUCGUUUCUUUAGAGUUUCAUGCUGACAUCACCUUUGACAUUGCUGCUUGUGAGAUGAAAGAGCUUACAUCAAGCAAUUGUCCAUCUUUCAAUGUCACUAAAUGUCCCCUCUAAAUUGUCUGCCCUGCUAGUUAUCGUCACAGCUAAUCAGGCCUGUUAUUUCAUACUGUUUCCAAUGUUAGUGUGCUAUAUUUACAUGGCCCACUAUGUCACGGCAGCAUCUGCUAGUUGUCCCACAUUUACACAGGUGUUGCUAUUCGUAUCAACGUUUGCUUAAAAUGUGGAGAGCAGCCUGUAGUCUAGAAUGUUCCCAAAUUUACUUUACAGUGAAGAGUUCAUAUUCAGUUGUAUGCAAGUUUUGGCACUCCUGCUCAAAUGAUGUCUAGAAAUGACAUCCUCCAGAGAGAACUUAUACACAUUUUAAUGCACAAUUAUGGUUUAUUUGUUGAUUUUAACAUAUUGGGAAAACAGAAAACAUGGCCUGUGCAAAAGUUAUGGCAUGUUUUAUAUUUUUUACAAUAUGUUAAAACAAAUAAAUAGAAAUAAUGCACUACAUAGCCCGAAAAAUUUUAUAUUUCAGUUCCCUGUAGAGGAUGUGUUGACAUUUUUACACAAAACAUCAUUUGAAAUUCAAACUUUGGCAUAUGACUGUAAUCUUCAGUGCCUAGUGUGAAUCGGUGAAUUGUGCAUGAUAACCAUUUAAUGUAGGUAUUUCUUGAGCUGGACAAAGCACCAUAGCCUCUCUUCUCUUAUUGCUGGUUUGAUUCAUCCACUUAAAGAUACAGUAAUUAGCACUAAAGACUCAAUUAUAUGUAAUUUAGCAAAUGUAGGUUUGAUAUAUAUGAUAGAUCCCUAGCGAUACACUACACAGAUAUUAGUUGAUAGUUCACUGGACUCCCAAUAUGCACACAGAAGAUAGUCAUGGCUGAAUAGCGCACAGCUUGCAUGAGGUGAUCUCCAUUAGUGAUAAACUUACAGAAUUACCUCCAAUUAGUAGAUACUCUUAGAAACAUUUCUUAAGGCAGUUUUUAAAUGGAAGAGAGAAGUAGCAUCUAUUAACUGCCUUGCAUCAGUAUAGUUUAGCUGAUCUGAGUAAACAUUCUUAUUUAUGCCUGACAGCAUGGAGGCACUGCGCAUGGUCUGACAUACCGUAAUAAGAACAGGAUAAAAGCAGUUUGAAAAAUGUAAAUAUUACAUAGAAAAGGAACUGCAUUUUUAUAUAAUCAAAGCUAUUGCUUCCAAAUGUUUGCAACACAGAGCCCUAUUCAUGGUCUACUUGUUCUGAAACAUUAUAGAAACAGAGUAACACUUACAGACCCAUCAUCUUCGUCACAAUUGUCAUAUUUCCCAUGCAUGGUAGCAAUUUGUGGUCAGAAUUGGCACACUGUUCAGUGAAAGUUUUCCCUUUAAACAACUUUCUGACUAUGCAGUAGAAACUCCUUUUUUGUGAUUACGGUCCUUUUUGAUUAUUCACAUCUAAUAUCUCAGACUUGCACAUUUUUUUGUAAAUAGUACCUUUUAAAUGAUAUGCAAAAAUUUAUAUCUAUAGAUGCUAUCUAAGGCAAUUUAAUGAAGCACUUUCAAGGGAAGCUAGAAUUUGAGCUUUCCACCAAUGUAAUUUAUAGUAGCAGAUAAUAAUACAUUCAACAAAUACAGAAUAUAACUUCUACAAUUGCAAGAAUAAAUUUACAAAAACCAUCAGGAAUAUCAAAAAAAGUCAUGACAAACCACAGGUUUGUAAUGUCUCCAAGCUGAUUAGAGAAAAAAAAACUUUCUGAAGAAUAUAUUUCCUUUGACAAUUUUACAUGACAAAACACUUGUGCAUGUGUUUCAUGAGUCAGAAUGUGUCAACAUUUUAAAAAAAUCAUUCCUUAAUUGGCGAGUCUUGACAGUAUGUCUAUGAGUCCAAUGACAGAUAUGACACAAUGUAAUAAAUAGUUCAGGGCUUUGAAGUCAUAAUAGCAUUUAGCGUCUCAUGAAUGUAUGCAAUGGCUGUAUAAAUUUGAUCAUAUAAGCACUAUAUUUUAUUCAUGAUAUUCUGAGUGCCUUUUAUUAAACAUUUAUCCUGUUUAGACAGCUUCUUGUUUGGUUUGUUCGGUGCACAGUAAAAGUAUUUUAGUGUUUUCUAUGUGAUCUAUAGCUAUUUAUUUAUUGUUUAUAAGUCAAAUUAGUUAUUUUUCUUAUUCUUUAAACAUCUGAAAGUGAUUGUUGGGGUGUUUGAAAAGUUCAAGACAAGUCAAGUGGUCUUUAUUAUAUAAAUAAAUAUAUCUUGUAUACAUUGGAACAAAAUGUUGUUCUUCAGGCCACAUUUUGCAACACAUGACAGAAGUACAUCACAGGACUACAUAGAGUACAGAUACUCAACAGGUCAUAUCAGAAAAUAAAUAUACAGGACAAUAAAUGCACAGGAUAAAUACUAGACAGGACAACUUAACAAUAUAUACAUUUGGGCAUCAUAUAUAUGUUAAUACAAACAUGUGCAUAUGGCAUCCACCCCAUCACUUUCCCUAGCCUCCAGCAUGAUGUGACGGUAAUUAAACUAUAAACGCAUGUUUAUAGAUCAAAUUGAAUGUUGGAACAGGAUUGUGAAAGUGGUGGGUAGACCCAUAACCCAUAUGAGACCCAAAAUCAAUACUCCAGUUAAAGCAGGGUUAUUUUAGGGAAUAUUCACUCCCAUGUAGCGAAAGUAAUUACAAAAACAAAACUAGAGAUGAAGCAAAAAAAAAGUAUUGUGUCAAAAAUCUAUAGGGUUCCCUUUAGAACUACAAAAGACCUUGUGAAUUCAUCAUGCAUUCAAAAUCUCUUGGCAUGUGCAUGAUCUUUUUGGUCUAAAAUAAAAAGCUAAAGUUAAACAGUAAGAGGUGUGAAGAGCAGCAAAGCAGUUCAUGUUCUUAACCAGGGGAACAGAAUGAUAUUGAACCCAAUAAAAAGAAUUACGAACACAAUGUUACAGACUACAUUUGAACCAUAUAUGGUUCAUAUACUGUAGUCUUACAUAUAUUGGUUCCUAAUGGCUAUUAGCUUGGACAUACAUUUCUAGAAUAACAUUUUCAUUGUCAAAGAACCUUUACAUUAUGUUGAAGUUCUUUGAACUGCAAACACUCUCAUUUACAAAAAAAUAUUCUUGACAUGGAACCAAAAGUGGUUCUUAUAUGGCAUUGCUUUUUUGGGGCCUGUAUUUUGAAAAAUAUUGACCAAUAAGUAAAAGUAUUAUUAUUUUAAAAUACAAACCCAUCAUAAUUUUACUUUGUCAAGACCUAUGCAUUGUAAGUACACUCUCAGAAGUAAAGAUUGUAAAUUGUCACUGGGGUAGUACUCUCAAGGGUAUAUCUCAGUACCUUUAGUCAGGGAUUGUACCAUAAUCUACUGAAAUUAUAUUUUCUAAGCUGUACUGACUCCACACACCCCAUCUCAC